AUGUCCAUAUCCGCCCGCCCUGUUGCAUCCGACCUGGCCCGCCGCCACCUGGGCCUGCGUGCUGUGGCCGGGGUGACCCGACCAUCCUGCCCGCCGUCGAGGGUCCUCAUCCCGUCGGCCAAUCGCGCUUUCGCAACCUCGCCCCGUCGCCGGACCACCAUCGCCGCCGCCACCGAGCUGACGGCCCCGAACGGCAGGACAUGGACGCAGCCCCUCGGCCUCUUCAUCAACAAUGAGUUUGUCCAGAGUUCCAACGCCCAGACCCUCCCAACCACCAAUCCAUUCAACGAAGAGGACAUUUGCUCCGUGUAUGCCGCCACGCCUGCCGAUGUCGACAGCGCCGUCGCUGCUGCGCGAGCCGCUUUCAGGCACCCCUCGUGGAGCCGCCUCUCCGGCACUGACCGCGGGUACAUGAUGAUGAAGCUUGCCGACCUUGUCGACGCCAACCUCGAGACUCUGGCCACCAUUGAGACCCUCGACAACGGCAAGCCCUACUCCGUGUCCCGUGGUUACGACGUGCCGCAUUUCUCAGAGGUCAUCCGCUACUACGCCGGCUAUGCCGACAAGAUCCACGGCCAGACCAUGGACGUCGGCCCGGGCAAGCUGGCGUACACGAUCAAGGAGCCGCUCGGCGUGUGUGGUCAGAUCGUCCCCUGGAACUACCCUUUGUGCAUGAGCGCGUGGAAGUUGGGGCCCGCGCUGAGUUGUGGCAACACCCUUGUGUUGAAGCUGGCCGAGCAGACGCCGCUCUCCAUGCUGUACGUGGCCCAGCUGAUCAAAGAGGCCGGCUUUCCUCCGGGCGUCGUCAACAUUGUCAACGGGUACGGCCCCGACGCUGGCGCUGCCCUUGCUAGGCACACGGGGGUCGACAAGGUCGCCUUCACCGGAAGUACCGCCACGGGUAGGGAGAUUAUGAAGCUCGCCGCCGGUACUCUAAAGAACGUCACACUCGAAACCGGUGGCAAGUCGCCCCUGAUCGUCUUCGACGACGCCGACCUCGACCAGGCCGCCAAGUGGUCUCACGAGGGUAUCAUGAGCAACCAGGGGCAAGUUUGCACGGCCACCUCGCGCAUCCUGGUCCAAGAAGCCGUCUACGAGUCCUUCAUCGCAAAGUUCGCCGCCACGGUCCGCGAUAUCUCUGUCGUCGGCGACCCCUUUGAUGAGGCCACCUACCAAGGCCCGCAGAUCACACGCGCGCAGUACGAUCGCGUCUUGGGCUUCGUCCAGUCGGCCAAGGAUGAGGGGGCAACGAUCGCUCUGGGCGGCGCCCCGGCCCCGCAGGCUUCCGGCAAGGGCUUCUUCGUGCAGCCGACUGUGUUUACGGACGUGACAACGUCGAUGCGCGUCUAUCGCGAGGAGAUCUUUGGGCCGUGCGCCGCCGUGGUGAAGUUCUGGACCGAGGAGGAGGCGCUGGAAAUGGCCAACGACUCGGUGUACGGGCUGGGCGCCGCCGUGUUUACCAAGGACCUGGCGAGGGCGCACCGCGUUGCGAGAGAGCUCGAGGCCGGCAUGGUCUGGGUAAACAGCAGCAACGAUUCGGACUUUAGGGUGCCGUUUGGCGGAGUGAAGCAGAGUGGCAUCGGGAGAGAACUGGGGGAGGCCGGGCUGUUGGGGUACUGUAACGUGAAAGCGGUUCAUGUCAACUUGACGAGCGGGUAG